UUUCCCUUGUGACCUUUGAGCCAGCCUCGAGUCUCCUAGGUGUGGGGAGUAGGGGUGGAGUCAGGAUCUCAGCGGCCUUUCUCCCAGAGUCUGAGUCUAGCCAGCCUUUUCAAUCCCGCGGCUCAUUUCCGGUGUGGGGGGCGGGGGAGUUACCGCGCCCAGGGAGGGCCCGGAAGUGGGUCGCGCGGAGAUUGCUGGGCGGUUCUUACCGGAAGUGGAGAGCCGCUGAUCGCUGAACCGAGGUGAGGCACAACUCUUAAGCAGGUGGUACAUAAUGGCUGAUAUGCAAAAUCUUGUAGAAAGACUGGAGAGGGCAGUGGGCCGCCUGGAAGCAGUAUCCCAUACCUCUGACAUGCACCGUGGGUAUGGAGACAAUCCUUCAAAAGGAACAGCUCCAUAUGUGCAAGCCUUUGACUCCCUGCUUGCUGGUCCUGUGGCAGAGUACUUGAAGAUCAGUAAAGAGAUCGGAGGAGAUGUGCAGAAACAUGCGGAGAUGGUCCAUACAGGUCUGAAGUUGGAACGAGCUCUCCUAGUUACAGCUUCUCAGUGCCAGCAGCCAGCCAAUAAUAAGCUUACGGAUUUGUUGGCACCCAUUUCAGAGCAGAUCCAAGAAGUGAUAACCUUUCGGGAGAAGAACCGAGGCAGCAAGUUGUUCAAUCACCUGUCAGCUGUCAGCGAGAGCAUCCAGGCCCUGGGCUGGGUGGCUAUGGCUCCCAAACCUGCCCCCUAUGUGAAAGAAAUGAAUGAUGCUGCAAUGUUUUAUACAAACCGAGUCCUCAAAGAAUACAAAGAUGUGGAUAAGAAACAUGUGGACUGGGUCAAAGCCUACUUGAGUAUAUGGACGGAGCUGCAGGCAUAUAUCAAGGAGUUCCAUACCACUGGAUUGGCCUGGAACAAAACGGGGCCCGUGGCAAAAGAACUGAGUGGAUUGCCAUCUGGACCCUCUGUUGGAUCAGGUCCCCCUCCCCCUCCACCAGGCCCACCUCCCCCACCAGUUCCUACCAGUUCAAGCUCUGAUGACUCUGCCUCCCGCUCAGCACUGUUUGCGCAGAUUAAUCAGGGGGAGAGCAUCACACAUGCCCUGAAGCAUGUAUCUGAUGAUAUGAAGACUCACAAGAACCCUGCCCUGAAAGCUCAGAGUGGCCCAGUACGCAGUGGUCCCAAACCAUUCUCUGCACCUAAACCCCAAACCAGCCCAUCUCCCAAACCAGCCACAAAGAAGGAGCCAGCUCUCCUUGAAUUGGAGGGCAAGAAAUGGAGAGUGGAAAAUCAGGAGAAUGUUUCCAACCUGGUAAUUGAUGACACAGAGCUGAAGCAGGUGGUUUACAUAUACAAGUGUGUCAACACAACAUUGCAAAUCAAGGGCAAGAUUAACUCCAUUACAGUAGAUAACUGUAAGAAACUUGGUCUGGUAUUCGAUGAUGUGGUGGGCAUUGUGGAGAUAAUCAAUAGUAGAGAUGUCAAAGUUCAGGUAAUGGGUAAAGUGCCAACCAUUUCCAUUAACAAAACAGAUGGCUGCCAUGCUUACCUGAGCAAGAGUUCUCUGGAUUGUGAGAUAGUCAGUGCCAAAUCUUCUGAGAUGAAUGUUCUCAUUCCUACAGAAGGCGGAGACUUUAAUGAAUUCCCAGUCCCUGAGCAGUUCAAGACCUUAUGGAAUGGGCAAAAAUUGGUCACCACAGUGACAGAAAUUGCUGGAUAAGCCAAGUGCCAGUGGGUUCUUUGCCCUCUCCCUUCACACCAUGGGAUAAAUCUGUAUCAAGACGAUUCUUUUCUAGAUUUCCUCUACCUUUCUGCUCUUAACUGCUUCUCUGCUCUGAGAAGCCCAGCUACCUGCCUUCACUGAAUAUACCUCAGGCUGAGAUUUGGGGUGGGACAGCAGGGCAGUUGAUCUUCUGCAGGAAGGUACAGCUUCUCCACAUCAGCGCGGCCAUACCACCAUUCUGGUCUUAAGGGACUGCACACCUGGACUCUGGGGUGUUUCAGCUCUCAGCUUUUUAGGGAAAGGGUUAUUCUACCAACAAACUCAUCCUUUGGGAAGAACAGCAGUCCCAGGAAUUAAUACAGAAUGUGCACACUAGUGAA